GCAUGGUUUGGGAAAAUUAGGAUGUUCGAAAACUCUUGUGAUAAUUUUUUAUCAUGUAAUUUUUGGAAAGUUAAUUUUAAAGGCUUGGCUGCAAUAAGCUGUCGAGAUCAAGAUGGAUGAAAUGUGGCCCGAUGACGACUAUUCGACCACAUCUGCCAGUCUGCCAUCACUGGACGCGGCCGUGCCGCGCAGAGGCGGUCUGUUGCGACUCUUCUCGAGCCGCGUCUCGGUGCGCUCCGGCGCCGACGUCUCUGAACCGCGCUCCCACCGACGCGCCAGCGACACCAGCUUGUGCCGUGGCUCGCCGCCCUCGUCCGCGACCGACUCGACCGAGGGCCGCAGCUACGUGGGCGUGCUGCGCCGCAUCAGCUCGAUCCUGGGAGCCGGCGGCCAGGGCGGGCCGGGCGACAGCGAACUGAAGCAGCACUGGCUGCCGGACGCCGUCAGCCGCGAGUGCUACGACUGCGGCGACAAGUUCACCACGUUCAGACGCCGCCACCACUGCCGCAUCUGCGGACAGAUUUCUGCUCCCGCUGCUGUAACCAGGUGA